UUGGACAUUGGACUUUGAAGGAGAGAGGAGGAGAAGUGUGAUCCUGUGGAGCGAAAACCACGAAAAUCUGCACCACAGAUCCUCAAAGCAACGACUUUCAGGCUUUAGGUAAGGUUUUUCAUCACGGGAGAGAGAUAGAGAGAUGUGGGUCGCUCGGAGAAUGCCUGUAUUCUUGCAUCCCCCGACGGUUUCACUAUCCACUAGCACCGCCUCUACCUUAAUCUCGCGCCGCCCCCCUUCUCUCGUCACUUUCCAAUCUCCGGUAAAAUGUUUAUUUCCCAGCUCAAGAAUCCUCGGAGAGAUAAAGACUGUUUCUUUCUAUGGGAAACAUAGAUCCUCCACAUCAUCGGCUGUGGCGACAGACUCAACUGAGGCAGUUACUGCUGCAGAAGAGAAAAUCGUUCUUCCCACCAAUGAGUCAUCUGACCGCCUUUUGAGGAUUCGUCAUACGUGUGCUCAUGUUAUGGCUAUGGCUGUUCAAAAGCUCUAUCCUGAAGCAAAAGUUACAAUUGGUCCAUGGAUUGAAAAUGGGUUCUAUUAUGACUUUGAUAUGGAGGCUUUAACAGAUAAAGACUUGAAAACUAUUAAGAAAGAGAUGGAACGUAUUAUCAGUCGGAAUUUGCCUCUAGUUCGUGAAGAAGUUACACGAGAGGAGGCUCGGAGAAGAAUAAUGGCUGUCAAUGAACCUUACAAGAUUGAGUUACUUGAUAGUAUAAAGGAAGAACCCAUUACAAUCUAUCACAUAGGCAAUGAAUGGUGGGAUCUUUGUGCUGGGCCUCAUGUUGAAUCAACUGGAAACAUUAACAGGAAAGCUCUUGAGCUUGAAUCAGUUGCUGGUGCAUAUUGGAGAGGAGAUAUAAACAGGCCAAUGCUACAGAGGAUUUAUGGAACUGCUUGGGAAAAUGAGCAACAAUUGAAAGCCUAUAUUCAUUUCAAAGAGGAGGCUAAGCGUCGAGAUCAUAGACGCCUAGGCCAAGAUCUUGAUUUAUUUUCAAUACAGGAUGACGCAGGUGGAGGGUUAGUAUUCUGGCAUCCGAAAGGUGCUGUUGUUAGGCAUGUAAUUGAGGAUUCGUGGAAAAAGAUUCAUAUUUUACGUGGUUACGAAUUGUUGUACACACCACAUGUAGCUAAGGGUGAUCUUUGGAAAGUGAGUGGCCAUCUUGAUUUUUACAAAGAGAACAUGUAUGAUCAGAUGAAGAUUGAGGAUGAGUUUUAUCAGCUUCGACCGAUGAACUGCCCUUACCACAUCUUGGUUUAUAAACGAAAGAGACAUUCUUAUCGCGAUUUUCCAAUUCGGGUUGCUGAGUUGGGAACAGUUUAUAGAUAUGAAUUGUCUGGCGCUUUACAUGGUCUUUUUCGUGUAAGAGGUUUCACUCAGGAUGAUGCCCAUAUAUUUUGUUUAGAAGAUCAAAUUAAAGAGGAGAUCAGAGGUGUUCUAGACCUCACUGAAGAAGUUUUGUUGCAAUUCGGUUUUGACAAAUACGAAGUCAACCUCUCGACUAGACCUGAGAAAUCUGUUGGAGAUGAUGAUAUAUGGGUUAAAGCGACUUCUGCCCUGAAAGAUGCGUUGGAUGAUAAAGGAUGGAGCUAUCAAAUCGACGAAGGUGGUGGUGCCUUCUAUGGUCCAAAGAUUGAUCUUAAAAUUGAAGAUGCUCUGGGAAGGAAAUGGCAAUGCUCCACAAUACAGGUGGAUUUCAAUUUGCCUCAGCGAUUUGACAUGACCUACGUCGAUUCCAACUCAGAGAAAAAAAGGCCAAUCAUGAUCCACAGAGCAGUUCUUGGAUCUCUAGAGCGGUUUUUUGGGGUCUUAAUAGAGCAUUAUGCUGGAGAUUUUCCAUUAUGGUUAUCUCCAAUUCAAGUUAGAGUUUUGCCCGUCACAGAUGGACAACUCGAGUACUGCAAAGAACUAUGUAGAAAGUUGAAAAGUAAUGGACUAAGAGCGGAAGUUUGCGAUGGAGAGCGCCUGCCGAAGCUCAUAAGGAAUGCUGAGAAGCAGAAGAUUCCGUUAAUGGCUGUGGUCGGGGCUAAGGAAGUUGAAACGCAAACUGUCACUGUGAGGUCUAGGUUUGGAGGAGAGGUUGGGACAAUGAGUGCUGAUGAAUUUGUUAGCAGACUCAAGAAUGCUUCAGAAGAAAGAACAACGUUUUGAAAUUUGCUUGGUUGUUAGAACAAAAGAAAGACAUUUUAUUUUUUCCUAUGAAUCUCAUAAUUUUAUUCAA